CAACUUAAAUCUGGGCAUCAUUUAAAUCCCUUCCAUGCCAAAGAACUGCACACAUUCAGAUACUCACUCUUGCAGCUGCAUACAUUUCAUAUUAGUUUCUGAUGUGUAGUUAUGGAAUAAUUCACCUUAGGCAGCGAGUCUUAUGUUUUAAAAUAAUAUGUCUAACAAAAAAUCUAAAUGGAGUUAAUGAAGUUAAUAGAUUAGAGUAUAGUGCUAAAAGGUGCAGGUUAAUCCAUUUUAUCUUAAGGGUUACAUGUGGGUUAGCUAAAGAUAUCGUGGCUCUGGGCAUGUUCUACUUAGGCAUGCACAGGGAGGUCACAGCUGUAUAUGGUUCAAGACCCCAGAGAGGCUCUUGGCUGGAGCCAUACUUAUCCUGAGAGGACCACAGUUCUGCUCCUCAUGCUCAAAAGCCUUAUGGUGCUACUGUGGUCAGCUGCUAGGUGAAAGGAAUUUAGAAAAAGAACAUGUUGCCAUAUAAGAAGGUGGUGACAGCUGAUGUAUUGGACACUGCACACAUCCUUAUUCUGCACACGGGAAGGGAUUUCCCCUGGGAUGGCUGCAGUAGGGCAUUCUGCUGGAUGCCUGUUGCAGCAGCUGGUCGGUGUGUGGAUAUGGAGGGCCCAGUUUGUUGUUUAGACAUGCUGCUGGAUUGCCUUUCGACCAAGAUGUGUGUUGGCUCUCCGCCGGGUGUUUGGGUGUGUAGCACUGACAUGAUUUUGAGUCUCCCCACCACUCAGAAGAUGUCAUGGAAGGACUUCUCUGGCGUGCGUGUUGUGUCCUUGCCUGGAGACAUAUCUUUUGCUGCACACCAUGGUGUCUACCUCACUGAUGCAGAAGGUGGGGUACGUGAUAUCAUCUAUCGCGGCUCAGAGGAGAGGAUCCAAACUGCUGCAAUGCCUGAUGGGAAAGUGCCUUUGGUAUCUGGUCCUGUUUUUUUCUCCACGGCUGUAUCUGAGAAACUUUUACAAACUCAUGUCACCCCGCCACUUGACGGUUGCACAUACAUGGGCAUGGACUCAGGUGCUCCACCACUACAGAUCUCUCUUUUUCUGGACAUUCUGAUGAGCCUCUGCUCUGACCAGACUGAAACAAAGUUUGUGAAUGGAGAGAGACCGGGAUGCAGUUCGCCCCUCGGUCCACAGGGGGCAGCAGUGAAGAGUGCACGUUCUGUGCUGUGGAGGACCUUGAGAGGCGUUGCCCUCUCUCUGGUGUACAUUCCGGAUGGCUACUAUGACUAUAUGACAGCGUCGGGCAGAGAGCAUGUCAUACGUCUGACAGAGGCAGGCAUAGAGAGGCAAAUUCUCUCCCACAUAGAGGAGCUGCCGUGUGUGAGUGAGGCUAGCAGGGUAAUUAACAGUGUGCUGGAAGGAGCCGUUCAUGUUGUGGCAGGGGCUGUGGUGCAACACUGCCACCUACAGGGUCCAGUCAAGGUGCAUUCUGGGUGCCUCCUGUCAGGCCUGGAUUUGGCCUCGUCGGCAUACAUGCAGGGUAUGCCUCUGACCAGUGACAUCAUCAUGCAGGGGCACAGGGUACAACUUGGAGAGCUGAAGUUAACAGUAUUCACAGUGUUCGGGGCUCAUGACAGUUUGGAGGUUCCUAGUGAUGCUGACACUGGUUCCUUCCUCAACCGAACAUGGAGUCAGUUCUUCAGUCACACUGGAAUACAGCCUGAGGAACUGUGGGGAGCAGAGUGUGGAGUGCGGCGAUGCCUGCUCGACGCCCGCCUGUUCCCAGUGUUCAAGCCUCAUGGAGGAGCCGUGGGGCUGGAGGGUGUGCGCUUCCUCCUGGGCGGCUCUGGGACUACAGAGAGCUGGCGGGCAGCCUGGCGACUGUCGCUCAAGGAGGUACUGUCUCUGGCUGACCAGCAGGGGGAGCUACGCUGGCGAGAGGAGCUGUUCUUUAGUGCAGGGCGGAGGAGAGCUGUGGACACACUGAAGGGUCACACGGACCACAACCUUCUGCCCUCCAUCAGAGCAGCAGUGUUGGGCGGCCAGCAGGGGGCUCUGCUACAAGCCCUGGACUCUGUGGCAUCCAGCAGCAGCGCUGAUCUAGGCGUGGCCGCGCGGACUCUGGCAUGUAUUGCUGAUGUGCUGGGCUGCCUGGCUGGGGAGGGCCGAGGAGGUCUGAGAAGCGGCCCGGCCGCCAACCCCUCCUGGACCCCUGCCUUUAGACUGCUGGAGCAGGGCAAGCUGGCAGCUGGUGUCCAGGAGCUGGCCAAUCAAAGAGCCGCCUGGCUCAGCAGACCAGAUCUUCUAGUACGCGCUGCACGCCACUACGAAGGGGCAGGGCAAAUUCUCCUGAGGAAGGCGGUGAUGUCUGCACGCAAGUUCGUCUUCACUGCACAGGCACACCUGCCGCCCAUGGGAAAGUGGCAAGAAGUGGAGUGUCCGGCCAGGCUGGACCUCUCUGGCGGCUGGAGCGAUACUCCUCCCAUCGCGUUUGAGCACGGGGGCGUGGUCGUGAAUAUGGCGGUCAGGGUGGAUGGCAGACGGCCAAUCGGAGCCAGGGCCCGCCGCGUGGCUGAGCCCCACCUGGUGCUGGUGAGCACCAGUGGCGCACCAGGCUGCAGCAUGACGUCGCGAGUCGUGUGUGAGGUGCUCGCUGACCUGGACACCCAUUGCCAGCCCCACGCACCUGGUGCCCUGUUAAAGGCGGUUUGUGUGUGCAGUGACGUGGUGUGUGUUUCGUCUCCUCUCUCUCUGGAGCAGCAGUUGCUGCAGCACUGGGGAGGAGGGCUUGAACUGCACAGCUGGUCUCUGUUACCUCAUGGCUCUGGCCUGGGUACUAGCAGUAUCCUGGCAGGUGCGGUUCUGGCAGCUGUGUACAGAUGCACUGGGCGGAGUUAUGACACCAGUUCACUCAUCCAUGCUGUACUACAUCUGGAGCAGAUACUCACCACAGGUGGGGGCUGGCAGGACCAGGUGGGCGGGCUGGUGGGUGGGCUGAAGCUGGCCCGCUCACAUGCUGCACUGCCACUUCGGGUAGACGUGGAGCAGCUCACUGUUCCACAGGACUUCCUCGCUGCACUGCAGGAGCGCCUCCUGCUGGUCUACACUGGAAAGACACGUCUGGCACGCAACCUCUUGCAGGACGUGGUGCGGAACUGGUAUAGUCGUCUACCUUCGAUUGUGCAGAAUGCAGAGCAGUUGGUGAGCAAUGCUGAGGAGUGUGCUCACGCCUGCACUGAGGGCUCCCUCCCUCGACUGGGAGCCAGCAUUGACCGGUACUGGCAGCAGAAGAAGGCGAUGGCUCCAGGCUGUGAACCAGCUGCAGUGAGAACCAUGAUGAAUGCCCUUCGACCUUUGACCUUAGGGCAAAGCCUGGCAGGGGCAGGAGGUGGUGGUUUCCUUUUCAUACUCAUGCGCGAUGCCCAUCAGGAGGAGAGGGUGCAGCAGAUCCUCCACAGCACACCGGGCCUUGGAGACUUCAGUUUACACUCUGUGGAACUGGACACAGAAGGGAUUACGGUCCUGCAGCAAAAUGCAUGACAUCCUCAGUGACUGUGUGUGUCAGAGAGCGAAAGAGAGAAAAAGAGAGAGAGAGAGAGAAUUGAACAUUUUGCACCACAAAUAAAAAGUUUGAAUGUGUUAGGUAAAUGAGACAUAUAUAUGAAUUUCUGCCAAAGUGAAGUCAAUAUUUACUUGAGCUCAGAUGUAAAAAUACACACAAAUACAAAUGUAGCGUAAUACUCUGCCUGUUUCAAAAUGAUGUAGAAGAAAGCUAUGACUACCCAAAACUCUCUGCAGCUGUACAAUGCACUGAUGGGAAUUUCAUGGUCUGGGCAUUAGAAUUGCACAGUGUAUUUGUUAAUUAUCACACUAUUGACCCUUGCAAUACUGAUAACGGCAAGAGCUGUAGUAUGCAAAUGAAGCCUGCAAACUUUGGCAAAAUAUUUGCAGCAGUCUGUGUUGCACAGCCAUACUACAGAUGCGUAGCAACUACUAAAUUAACUAAUUUUAAGAAUCAGAAUUGGGUUUAUUGUAACUCAAGCAGUUCAGGCAAUAUACAGACAAUGCACAAUAUACAAGUAAUAUACAGAUUAUGUACAGGGCAACAAUAUACAAUAUGCGUACAUAAAGUGCUAGUAGUGACUAGGGGAGUGAAGUUGUGACAUGAUUUUAUAUGUAUGUAUAUCCCUACCACAUACUAGCUUGUAUAUUGUGUGUGUGUGUGUGUGUGUGUGUGUGUGUGUGUGUGUGUAAAAUAUAUAUAUAUAUAAAUGUAGUUGUGAGCAGCAUGUUAUGGCUAUCAGAGAAAAGGGAAGCUACAGCAUGGCGAUGUCAUUAGGGAAGAAACUGCUCCUGUGUCUAGAGGUUUUAGCAUACAGGGUACUGUAGCGCCUGCCGGAGGGGAGGAGUUGAAAGGUCGUGUCCAGGGUGUGAGGGAUCUGGAAUGAUUUUCCCUGCCUGUUUCCAGAUUCUGGACGAUUACAAGUUCUGGAGAUAGGGCAGAAACUCAGAUCUCAGUUUCUGAUCAAAUAUUUUUAUGCCAACCAAUGGUGUAUGUGCAUUAUGUCUUAAUUCACCCAGAGAGGAUAAGUGUGUGUUGUGGAGGUGUCUCUAAACAUUUAUCCAUGUUAAUGAAGAGUGACAUUCUGUACUUGGCCUUUAUCUUCUCUAUAAAAUCCUGCUGCUGUAUAAAAGGAAAUAAAAUCUUUUUUUUUUAAGAAUACAUAAAUAUGAUUUCAGGAAGACUAUAAACCUUUAGGACACAUUUGUUCUUUUUUUGGAGAAUAACAAAUUAAAUAUUACAAAUCAACUCCAGCAUUUAUUUGUAAAUUAAUUUACAAUAUGUUGAUCAAAAUUUUGCUUGCAUGCUAGAACUGAAUGUAAAUUUUUAAUGAGUACAUUUUUUUUCCUGUGUAAAUUGAUUUUUCAAUGUCAUGUCAUUAAA